AUGAGCAUAAGGCCGGACGUGGCAGGCUUGUGCUUCUUGGCGCUGGUAUGCCUUCAGUCUGGUACCGUGGUUGGUUCUGCCAUCAUAGGUGCAUUUAGCUGCGAGGGUCGCACCUACGGCAACUACGCUCACCCGGACUGCACAAAGUUUUACAUGUGCGGGGGAAACGGAAUGCAUGUGAUGGACUGUCCAGCCAGUUUGCACUACAACGCUGCGACUGACCAGUGUGACUGGCCGGCUAAUGUCCAGUGUGGGAACGAAGUGAGCACGGACGCUCCGACGACUCUUGGUUCCACGCCUGUUCCAUCAGGUAAACAUAAGGCCUCUUUGCUUUUUGUGCGCCUUCAGUUGCAGAGGUCGCACAUAUGGCAACUACGCUCACAUGACUGCACAAAGUUUUACAUGUGCGGGGGAAACGGAAUGCAUGUGAUGGACUGUCCAGCCAGUUUGCACUACAACGCUGCGACUGACCAGUGUGACUGGCCGGCCAAUGUCCAGUGUGGGAACGAAGUGAGCACGGACGCUCCGACGACUCUUGGUUCCACGCCUGUUCCAUCAGGCGCCUUCAGUUGCAGAGGUCGCACAUAUGGCAACUACGCUCACCCGGACUGCACAAAGUUUUACAUGUGCGGGGGAAACGGAAUGCAUGUGAUGGACUGUCCAGCCAGUUUGCACUACAACGCUGCGACUGACCAGUGUGACUGGCCGGCCAAUGUCCAGUGUGGGAAAGAAGUGAGCACGACGCUCUCCGACUCUUGGUUCCACGCCUGUUCCAUCAGUUGCAUAGGUCGCACAUAUGGCAACUACGCUCACACGGACUGCACAAAAUUUUACAUGUGCGGGGAAAACGGAAUGCAUGUGAUGGACUGUCCAGACAGUUUGCACUACAACGCUGCGACUGACCAGUGUGACUGGCCGGCCAAUGUCCAGUGUGGGAACGAAGUGAGCAUAGACGCUCCGACGACUCUUGGUUCCACGCCUGUUCCAUCAGGCGCCUUCAGUUGCAUAGGUCGCACAUAUGGCAACUACGCUCACACGGACUGCACAAAAUUUUACAUGUGCGGGGGAAACGGAAUGCAUGUGAUGGACUGUCCAGACAGUUUGCACUACAACGCUGCGACUGACCAGUGUGACUGGCCGGCCAAUGUCAAGUGUGGGAAAGAAGUGAGCAUGGACGCUCCGACGACUCUUGGUUCCACGCCUGUUCCAUCAGGCGCCUUCAGUUGCUUAGGUCGCACAUAUGGCAACUACGCUCACACGGACUGCACAAAAUUUUACAUGUGCGGGGGAAACGGAAUGCAUGUGAUGGACUGUCCAGACAGUUUGCACUACAACGCUGCGACUGACCAGUGUGACUGGCCGGCCAAUGUCCAGUGUGGGAAAGAAGUGAGCACGGACUCUCCGACGACUCUUGGUUCCACGCCUGUUCCAUCAGGCGCCUUCAGUUGCAUAGGUCGCACAUAUGGCAACUACGCUCACACGGACUGCACAAAAUUUUACAUGUGCGGGGUAAACGGAAUGCAUGUGAUGGACUGUCCAGACAGUUUGCACUACAACGCUGCGACUGACCAGUGUGACUGGCCGGCCAAUGUCCAGUGUGGGAAAGAAGUGAGCAUAGACGCUCCGACGACUCUUGGUUCCACGCCUGUUCCAUCAGGCGCCUUCAGUUGCAUAGGUCGUACAUAUGGCAACUACGCUCACACGGACUGCACAAAAUUUUACAUGUGCGGGGGAAACGGAAUGCAUGUGAUGGACUGUCCAGACAGUUUGCACUACAACGCUGCGACUGACCAGUGUGACUGGCCGGCCAAUGUCCAGUGUGGGAACGAAGUGAGCACGGACGCUCCGACGACUCUUGGUUCCACGCCUGUUCCAUCAGGCGCCUUCAGUUGCAUAGGUCGCACUUAUGGCAACUACGCUCACACGGACUGCACACAAUUUUACAUGUGCCGGGAAAACGGAAUGCAUGUGAUGGACUGUCCAGACAGUUUGCACUACAACGCUGCGACUGACCAGUGUGACUGGCCGGCCAAUGUCCAGUGUGGGAAAGAAGUGAGCAUGGACGCUCCGACGACUCUUGGUUCCACUCCUGUUCCAUCAGGCGCCUUCAGUUGCAUAGGUCGCACAUAUGGCAACUACGCUCACACGGACUGCACAAAAUUUUACAUGUGCGGGGGAAACGGAAUGCAUGUGAUGGACUGUCCAGACAGUUUGCACUACAACGCUGCGACUGACCAGUGUGACUGGCCGGCCAAUGUCCAGUGUGGGAAAGAAGUGAGCAUGGACGCUCCGACGACUCUUGGUUCCACGCCUGUUCCAUCAGGCGCCUUCAGUUGCAGAGGUCGUACAUAUGGCAACUACGCUCACCCGGACUGCACAAAGUUUUACAUGUGCGGGGGAAACGGAAUGCAUGUGAUGGACUGUCCAGCCAGUUUGCACUACAACGCUGCGACUGACCAGUGUGACUGGCCGGCCAAUGUCCAGUGUGGGAACGAAGUGAGCACGGACGCUCCGACGACUCUUGGUUCCACGCCUGUUCCAUCAGGCGCCUUCAGUUGCAGAGGUCGCACAUAUGGCAACUACGCUCACCCGGACUGCACAAAGUUUUACAUGUGCGGGGGAAACGGAAUGCAUGUGAUGGACUGUCCAGCCAGUUUGCACUACAACGCUGCGACUGACCAGUGUGACUGGCCGGCCAAUGUCCAGUGUUGGAACGAAGUGAGCACGGCCGUUCCGACGACUCUUGAUUCCACGCCUGUUCCAUCAGGCGCCUUCAGUUGCAGAGGUCGCACAUAUGGCAACUACGCUCACCCGGACUGCACAAAGUUUUACAUGUGCGGGGGAAACGGAAUGCAUGUGAUGGACUGUCCAGCCAGUUUGCACUACAACGCUGCGACUGACCAGUGUGACUGGCCGGCCAAUGUCCAGUGUGGGCACGAAGUGAGCACGGACGCUCCGACGACUCCUGGUUCCACACCUGUUUCACAAGGUGAACAUUUCGCGUCCUUCCUUUUCAUACGGUAUAAAAUUCCACAACGACUCCCUUUCAUAUGA